CCGCGGCAUAGUAGAGUGCAGUUGACAUUUCGUUCUAUACUUCCUUUGGAUUCCAAAGGAAUGCAGACAAAUUGAUUGAUCACAUUGGACAAACUUCUGCGGUUUACCGUGCUGUGAUCAUCCAUCCACCGAAAAACUAUCGCGUUCUGUGGUUGAAACUGAGUGAACCAGUGCUGUGAAUCGAUUAGAGCAGAUUGUUCUAUGAUCAAGUGUCAAAACAUAAUAGUGCGCUCGACUCAUAGCGAGGAUUCCCAUCAAAAUAAAACCGGUGUUUGACAGAACCUAUCGUGUGGAUGUUUUGAGUGAUUUCCUGAUGGUUUUAAUUCAAAAAAGGAUUAUUGGCUAUGUUUUCGUGUAUACAGAAUGAAGUAGCCCACUGCGUUUGGGCGGGCCGCAUCCAAGGUGGCCAGUAACCUCAGAGAGGCGAGAUGGCCCUGGGCUCAAGGGCCUUGAAUUUGCUGGCGCUGCUUUUUGCUUACGCUGCAUCUGAACAAGUGGUCUUAUUGGACACAACGACGGAAGAAAGUUUGGACUGGACUAAAUUUCCCUUUGGACCUAAUGCACCGACACCCGGGUGGGUCGAAGAAUCGUUCACCAACUUCCAAAAGGCAAUUAACUGGCGCUCCUACGUGGUGUGUGAUGUCGCCUACAACAAUGUCAACAAUUGGCUGUGGACACCCUUCAUCGACAGAGGGGUGGCUAAUAGGAUAUAUAUCGAGAUCAAGUUCACAAUCAGAGAUUGCAGUCUCUUUCCAGGGAACGCGCUGUCCUGCAAGGAAACUUUCAGCCUGCAUUACUACGAGUUCGACGCCGCCACCAGAGAGCCGCCUCCGUGGGAUGCCGAGCGCUACAAACUAAUUGGCCGCAUAGCCGCUGGAGAGGGUCGUUUCAAUUCAAACAGCGAGGUCAACAUCAACACAGAAAUUAAAAGCAUUCCUGUGACGAAGAGGGGAGUGUAUUUCGCUUUUAGGGACCAAGGAGCAUGUAUUUCAAUAUUAGCUAUUAAGGUUUAUUAUAUAACUUGCCCAGAGGUGACCAUAAAUUUUGCCAAAUUCUCCGCCACACCAACGGGCAAAGAAGUAACUGUGAUAGAACAGGCGGUUGGAACAUGUGUGAACAACGCCGAAGUAGUCGAUGCCAAGCCGCUAUAUCUCUGCAAAGGAGACGGUAAAUGGACACUGCCAUCUGGCGGAUGCAAGUGCAAGGCUGGCUUCCAGCCAGAUAUCGAAAAACAAACAUGCAACGUGUGUACACCAGGUACAUACAAAGCUGAAGUAGGAGAUGGCAUGUGCCUCAAAUGUCCUAAGCACUCUCAGGGUCCAGACUUUGGUCUGACAGAAUGCCGAUGUAACAAUGGCUAUUACAGAGCACCCUCAGAUCCCAAAAACAUGUCUUGUACACAACCACCUUCUGCACCUCAGAACCUAUCAGUGAGUUUCGUAGAUCAAUCCACUGUCAUUCUAACUUGGUCAGCCCCGGAAAACCAGGGGGGCAGACACGAUAUCAGAUACAGAGUAAAAUGUGACGCCUGCAGUUUGGGCUUGGUUCAAUAUAGCCCUAGUCAGCCGCCCUUCAAUGAAACAAGAAUCACCAUUACCGGAUUGAACGCUGUUACCACCUACCGCUUUGAAGUCUUCGCGGAAAACGGUGUGUCCAACCUCAGUACCAAAGCUCCGGAAUUUGCCGAUAUCGUAAUUACCACAGAAGCUUCUGUGGGGAGUAGCAUCACCAACAUACAGAUCGUCGCGGAAAAAGGCACCGAGAUCAGCCUAUCUUGGGAUUCUCCCAAUAUGGGAGAUGGUUCAGACGUCGAGGGAGACUCGAUAGAAACCUUCGAGGUACGAUGGUUCCCGAAAGGUGAUGGAGACUACACCAACUCCACCAGCCUACUCAGCAACGAGCUGUCAGCCACCAUAACCGGUCUGAAGCCGAAGACGGAGUACGGCAUACAAAUAAGAGCGAAGACUCAAAGGGGAUGGGGUGCCUACUCCCCCGUUAUAUACAAAACCACAGGAGAAGUCCUCAACACCGCUUACGUCGGAGAUCAGGAGGGACUUCGAUUGCAACUGGUGGCAGGAGGCAUUGUCGCUGUGGUAGUGAUACUAGUAGCUGUCAUAGUGCUGACGGUGGUGUUCUUAAGGUCUCGGUCCAAUGACGAGUGCAACAAGAAGCAACCAAGCGAUUGCGAUACGCUGGAGUAUAGGAAUGGAGAAGUGCUUAAUCUGGACAACACACCAAUCAAACGAACUCAUGCCAACGUGACAACACCACUCUUUACUGGUCUUGGAAGCUCAUCAAGAACUUAUAUAGAUCCACAUACCUACGAGGACCCCAAUCAAGCUGUGAGAGAAUUCGCAAGAGAGAUUGAUGCUAGCUUCAUCACCAUCGAAGCAAUAAUUGGUGGUGGUGAGUUCGGCGAUGUCUGCAAAGGAAAACUGAAAAUGAACAGCUUAGAGAUAGACGUAGCCAUCAAAACCUUGAAAGCGGGAUCCUUGGACAAAGCCAGGAACGACUUCUUAACCGAAGCAUCAAUCAUGGGACAGUUCGAGCACCCGAACGUCAUCUUCUUACAAGGCGUCGUUACUAAAUCCAACCCAGUAAUGAUCAUCACGGAAUACAUGGAGAACGGGUCGUUGGACACCUUCUUGAGGGCCAAUGACGGCAAGUUCCAAGUGAUCCAAUUGGUGGGCAUGUUAAGGGGUAUAGCCUCUGGCAUGCAGUACUUGGCCGAGAUGAACUACGUCCAUCGAGAUCUCGCGGCUAGGAAUGUGCUGGUCAAUUCCCAACUGGUCUGCAAGAUCGCCGAUUUUGGUCUCAGUAGGGAGAUAGAAUGCGCCACCGAAGGUGCUUACACCACAAGGACUGGGGAUCUGUGGCAUCUCUUCAAGAUGAACUCAAUAGGAGGUAAGAUACCAGUUCGAUGGACAGCACCUGAAGCCAUUGCCUUCAGAAAGUUCACCUCUGCGAGCGACGUUUGGUCCAUGGGCAUCGUUUGUUGGGAGGUUAUGUCUUAUGGAGAACGCCCGUAUUGGAACUGGUCCAACCAGGACGUGAUCAAGAGUAUAGAAAAAGGAUACAGACUUCCGGCACCAAUGGACUGUCCGGAGGCCAUCUACCAGUUGAUGUUGGAUUGUUGGCAGAAGGAGAGGACACAUAGGCCGUCCUUCCAGGCCAUCGUAAAUAACUUAGAUAAAUUAAUUCGUAUGCCAGACACGUUGAGAAAGAUGGCACAGAAUCGCUCUCAUCCAUAUAACCCUUUCGAUUGGCACGUUAGAAUACCGCAACAAGAAGUCCACUCUGUCGAACUAUCUAACGUCCAAGACCAAAACUGCUUCGGCACAAUCAGUCGGACUCAAAAUUAUUCGAGACCUGCGCCUGACGACUCUCAACUCUACCCCAACUACCACCUACCCGACGUCAUCCUCUUCCAAAACUACGGUACCCUACCAGGUGCGCACAGUUCUUCUAACUUGAUCCAACACUACUCAAACUUUGAUCCCUACAAUCUGCGGAGGUCGCUGCUUAACUUCGAGGUGAACAAGCACUUCCGCAGUCUUCUGGACCUGAGCGAUGAUAAUCCUCAAGAUCAGAACACGUCCGAGACUUGGGGUUACGAUAAAGAACGCGCCAUCAACCGGUACCCUAAGAAAAUAACAUCAACUGAAAAUAUAGAUCUGGAUGGGGAAGUUUUGGAUGGUAGAGGCCACUACGGAACAAAUUAUGACAGGAGGCACAACUCUAGAUACCAUCACGCCAGGCACACUAGAGAAGACGGUCAUUUUAAAAGAAAAAAGAAUCUUUCUCAGUUCUUCCCUAAGAAACUUCAAAAGCACCUGGAGCAAAAAAUGAACAUGAACGACCAAAUGCAAAACCUUGACGACCAUGAGAAGUCAAAUGAUCUAAGUUUCGACCCUCGAUCCACUAUUCGAAGGCUUGAACAAAUCAAUGAAAAUAGAGGUGAACCAAGGCUUUAUUUCGACCUGGAAAAACAAAGAGAUGAAACAGGUCCCGCUUGUAAAUUAGAAGAAUGGGAUCAGGGAAGAAAUGAAAAUUUCGAUUGCCUCCAGAUGAAAUUUAAUGAUUUGAACAAGAGGCAUCACGCUACCUUCGAUCCAAGCAAGGUUAAUGUCCAGGUGUCAGAUAACAUGAUAGAGUUGCAAGAACGUUACAACGAUACGAAACAAGAAGAUGAGCUUAAUGAAAGUAAAGAGUUGAACGAUAGUGACGGACAGUUCUCGAAUAAUUUUGAUGAAACGAUGUUAGAGGGUUUGGACAAGGGUGGAGGCUUGGAUAGUGGCAGAGAAGAUGGUACGGCACCUAAGUACUCUUUGCAUCUGCAAGAUGGAGCUUGGGUUACCUUUAAUCACCUCAACGCCAAUCCACUCGCGGAGGAAACACAAGAUUUAACGAGCUUUUGCUCUGUUGAAGAAUGGCUCAAUACAAUCAAAAUGAGUAGAUACCUGGAGAACUUCCUCAACGGCGGCAUCAGUACAAUGGACGACGUCUUGAGUUUAACAGUCAAAGAACUCAACGAGGUCGGCGUCACAAUGGUGAGCCACCAAAAAAAGAUCAUGACGAGUGUGCAAAAUAUCAGGGCGCAACUGCGCAUGAGCGGGAGUGAAGGAUUCUUAGUAUAAACUCGACUUUGUGAUAGUGAAGGAUUAAUAAAAGUGACUCAACACAGGUCUGAAACAGGUAAAGCAGUAUUAUAUAUGCACUAAUGACUCAUCCCAGGUAAAGUGUAUAGUUUAGCGUUUAUAAAAGUGAUACGUAUUUCAAUGACUACAAGGGGAACAUUAGUUAACUCCCUAAAUUCGACAAAGAUUUACUGCUGAAAACUGCUUGAUCCAUUGAAACUUCAUCGAAAAUUUUUCAUACAUCGUUCUUUUGGAAAGAUAGUUUUCUGACAAUAAAUGAGUUUCAAUAAUAACCUAAGAUUUUUUUGUUAAUUUAUAUCUAACUUUAUAAUGCAUCGUUUGAUUGAAAACUCCCUCAGAAAACUAUGAACAAAUGUAAUAAUUAAUUGUGCUUUAAUGAUUCAUAUUUUGCUCCUUCACCAUGACUUAAUUUUUAAUUCUUCCUUUAAUUUAUUAUUAUAAAGGUAAAUAUUGAAAAGCUAUAUAUUUCUCCAUUAUUAAAAACCAUUGACUGGUGUCAUCUCUUAUUGUAUAAACAAUAAAAGCUCAAUAUCUUAGCAUUAUUUUUCUUUUUUCAUAUAAUUUACAACUAUAAACGUCUCUUCUGGCUGCCAAACUUCUACAAUGACAUAAUGAUUACCAUUUAAGAAUGUUUCUAAAACCUGUUGUGAAUAUACGAGCAGCUACUUACUUAUUUAUUUUAUGAUAUCAUCUUCAACUUAUUAUUUUUGAUGGAUUUUGUGAUUUUUGUAUAUGGAACACGUUUUAAGAAGCUUCUUCCUUUUAGAUUUUAUUUAUUGUUAUUUGUUUCGACAUUUGAAUGAUGAGGUAGAACAUAUCUGACUUAAAGUAAAGUAAUAAUAAAAACAAUAAUUCAAUUUCUAUAGCUCGA